CAGGCUAACCAAAUGUCCUAGAAAUUUUUUAAAAGCUUUGAAACAGGAAAAUUAAGAAGUCGCGAACCUUUCCCAAGAUCGCUCGCUUAAAUCUGAAAUGGUUGUGAACUGUUGUAAAGUAAUUGCAGUAUCAGUAGAAUUAUUUAUAUUUAGCCGUAUUGCAUAUUGUAAGAGUGGUGCACUAGACACCUUACACCAUAGAUCUAUUCAAAUUAAAAGUUAAGGGUCAAAGUCUCAGUACUCACUUGUUCAUUAAUGGUGCAGUGAAAGGUGUAUUUUCCAAAAUGAUUAUAUUAUAAGUGAAUCGUCGAACCAUACUUAAUAAGUCCUAAACGGUUCAGAAAAUUAUCAAAAAAAUUUAAUAACAAAAAACUUCAAGCAUAAUUAAGUAAUAUUCCAAACUGGAGACAAGAAAUUGAUGUUGGCCUUGCACUGCUGAAAGCCUAUCUCAUUAUCCCAUCUAUGUGCCGCUAAUCUGAAAUGAUGAGUUACCAAAAAGGCCUGAAGGACCCAAGCCUGGACAGGCACGUCGGCAAAGCCAAAUCACGGCAUUUUACGGUGAACGGUCUAAGUGCCAAUAACACGCUUCAGCAGCAACAGUACAACCUGCCGCCGUCGAAUGACACUCGCAAUAUAUACAACAAUCCCUAUAUUCCGCCGCAGCAGCAACAACAACAGCAACCGCAGCAAUCACAGCAGCAGCGAACAGCCCACCUGUUCAAGGCCCUGGCUGCCUCGGCGACUGGAAGCAACAGUCUGACCCAUCCGUACGACUUUUCCAACUCGUCAUCCUCCUCGAACGCCAACAACGAGCUCCAGGGAUCAUCCUCAUCGGAAGCCGACAACGCUUUUCUAACUCAUAAUAACGUUAUCCCCCGCUUCCGCUACAUCAACGAGACAGAUCCGAGUGGGAGGGCACAGCCAGGGUCACCACUGCCAAGUCAACAAACGGCAACCCCCAAGUUCAACGCCGAGAUUCUCAAUUAG